AUGUGGCGCCUGAAGCCAAGCGAGAUCUUGCCCGACGAAAAUGCGAUUCGCGCCAUGAUCAAGCCUGAGGAGGUCAGUCUUCUGGAUGCCAUGCAGCUGGGAAUCAAGGAGCUCGAGGACGCCGGCUACGAUCCCCGAAAUGCCAACAUUGACGAUGACGUCAUGGACAUGGAUGCUGAAGAAGACGACGAGGAUGAGGGCGGAAGCAAGGCGCCCAAGGGCGCCAAGAAGCCUGGCGAAAAGCAGGAAGAGACACUUGCCGACAAGAUGGCACCUUGGAAAACUACAAAGGCCUUCAUCGACGCCUGUGCGCAAAAGGCCAUGCUCCAGCUGCACGGCGAGGGUGACCCGACUGGACACGGCCUCGGCUUCAGUUUCAUCCGAACGUCCAUGAAGGGAGGGUACAUUGAGGCUGUUCAGGGCCCGUUGGCCACGUCGGCCGACGCCAUGGAGCGUGAGAAGCGCGCUAACGGCGGCCACGCCUAUAACGUCAAGAAGCAACAAGCAAUGUACGAGGAGGGCAUCAAGGAGAUUUGGGAGAAGCAAAAGGCAACGCUGUCCGACGCCCGGGAGCACGACGACAAGGACGUGGCAGUCACGGAAGACGAGGAUGAUCGAUUCAACGUUCACGCCGCCGCGACGCCGGCGCAAUUCGACGACGGCACCAGCCAAAUUAGUGGCUUCACAUCGGCUAGUCGCCAUGUCAAGAAAGCCAUCCGCAUCACGAGAGAGGUCCGCCUGCAGGACGGGUCGACGCAGACGCGAACCGAGGUCGUCCACGAUCCCGUCGUCAUCUCGCAGUAUAUGAAGCGGCGAACCGAGGCAGACUUGGAACUUAAGGAGUAUGUACUCAAGACGAUGCGAUGCAGGCCCCGCGGGGAGGCCCCCCGGGUCUGGAAGCGGCUGCCGUCACGUGUCAGGGCGCUUCACAAGUGGGCGUGCCUGGGUCACACGCAUCUCGGCCCCAAGAGACGACAAGUGCCGUCUCCAGGCGCUGUUGCCGACUACGUUGGGUUGGAGUUACGAGCACCUGCUUACGUCUACCUCUCCACAGCAUCUACAGCUCCCGGCCUACGGGCAAUGCCGACCAUGACCGCCUUGCGGGCAUUAGCUCGAUGCAGAAUCAAAAAGGAACUCGAGAGACUCGAAAAGAACAAGGCCCGACGACAGGCCCGAGAGCAGCAAAAAGAGCUGCACCAAAAGGCCAGCGCUGGCGAGGCCGGAUCACCCGGCGCCAUUGACAAGCUGCCCACUGGAACAACCCGCAAUCCCAGUCCGUCUUACGGUCGAGCCCUUACUCGUCGUCGUCCUUCAUCCUUCGACAUCUUUGUGUACCGUGUCCCCGGCAUCCGGCACCUCCCCCCCAAAUGUCCCGCCGGCCACCCAUUCCACCCACCCACGGCUGCGGAAAGCGUAGAGAAACACGCGGUUCCGUCAUUGACCGACUCCACGUUUCCUGGGCACCGAGAGACUACGGCCUACGACAAAAUGGUCCCAGAUGCUGACAAGGCAGCGGCGACCACGUCCGCAUCCGCAAAACACGGAAAUCAACUGGACACGGAUACCAUGCCGUCGUGCGCCUCACACUCGGCAUCCGAUACCGAGUCGCGCCGGCUCGAGCGCGUCAAGCUCUCCGAUGCCCACCGCCGCCGGUCGUCGAAUGCAUCUCAACGACUGAACGUCAAUGACGCGCAUGAGAAUCUCCACCAUUGCGUCACGCCCGACGUUGAGACGGAAGCUGAGCGAAUGGCCCGUGAGCCCAUCACCUACACCAAGACGGGUGCCAGCAUCGGCAGCACCGCAUCUCGUCCGCCAGAAUACGAAGUGUACUUUGAAGAAGACGACGCCGAGAAUCCCCGGAACUGGCCCCUCUGGUACAGGUGUUGGUGUGUCUUCUGUGUGUCGUUUGCGACCUGGGUUGCCACCAUGUACAGCACCAGCUACACGUCGUCUUCUCCAGGCUUGAUCCAAGAGUUUGGCUCAACAACCACCGUUGUCGCCUUGGGCAUGACGACGUACCUCGUCGGCCUCGCUGCCGGCAGCCUGGUCCUUGCUCCCCUGAGCGAGCUCUACGGCCGCCAAGUCAUAUACGUGGCGUGUCUCUGCCUGUGGGCCAUGCUGAUUGUUCCCUGCGGUCUUGCGCGCUCGCUGAACACCAUCAUUGUCGUGCGACUCAUCGGGGCAUUCUUUGGAGCCGUCAUGAUUUGCAACGCGCCGGGCAGCGUUGUAGACGUCUCGAACCCCGACUAUUUCUCCAGGAGCAUGUCCCUCUUCGGAGUGGCACCGCUCAACGGCCCGGUGACAGGGCCCAUCGUCGGCGGCUUCGUGUUCCAAUACCUCGGAUGGCGCUGGGACAAUUGGAUCGUCCUCGUCAUGGCUGGACUGGCCAUUGCUCUCAUGUGCACCGUCCGGGAGACCUACGCGCCAAAGAUUCUCCAGCGCAAGGCCGCUCGGAUGCGAGAGCAGACGGAUGACCCCCGCUACUGGUGCCAGUACGACCGCAAGGUAUCAACUUUGUGUCUGCUCAAGGUAAACCUGAGCCGACCCUUCAUCCUGUUUGCGACGGAGCCGAUUCUGUGGUUCAUGAACUUGUGGAUCUCCAUCGUCUACGGAAUCCUGUACCUCUGCUUCGUUGCGUAUCCCGCAGUCUUCUCACAGCACAGGGGAUGGGGCGCCGGGAUCUCGGGCCUGGCAUUCUGCGGAAUCGGCAUCGGCACCCUGACCGCCGUCGCCGCCGAACCCUUGUUUCGACGCAUCAUCAACUCGCAGGCCCGAGACCCAGAGACGGGCAAGCCGUAUCCCGAGGCGCAGGCUUCCAUCAUGGCAAUCGGCGCCGUCUGCACGGCUGUCGGACAGCUCGGUUUCUCGUGGACUUGCCUGCCAACGACGAUUCACUGGGCCGCUCCCAUCGCCUUUGGCAUCCCCUUUGGAUGCGGCAACACCAUCAGCUUCAUCUACGGAUGCAACUACCUUGCCGGGGCCUAUGGAAUCUACGCCGCAAGCGCCCUGGCCGGCAACGUCGUGAUCAGGAGCGUCAUUGGCGGCACGCUGCCGCUUGCCGGCGCGCAAAUGUACAGGGUGCUCGGGGCGCAGUGGGCGGGCACACUGCUUGGUUUGCUCGAGGUUGCCAUCAUCCCCAUCCCCAUUGUCUUCUGGAGAUAUGGCGGCAAGAUUCGCGGAAAGAGCAGAGUGAUCCGUCAGCUGCGAGAGGACCAGGAGAAGCUGGAUGAGAAGAGGGCCACGGAUGCCGCCCGGGCGGGAAGCCGGCGAGCUGCCAGGUUGGUGCCGGCCGGCUGA